UUUGGUUGUUCUCCAAAUGCGGUCACUCAGAAAAAAGCUACAGAGAAGAGGAAGAAAAAAUAAGAAAUUGAAAAGUUUCACCAUCUACAAUUAGUUGAAGAAAAAACAAAAAACCGCACGCUUUUCUGUGCGCAUUCCUUACUGUUCACCACAACGCAAUGAUGACUGAUGAUAAAAGUUAUGACUCCAGCAACAACAGCGAGUCGGAGGAGCGUCGGGCCAAGCUAAAAAAGACCAAGAAGCACAAGAAACACAAGAAGUCGUCUGCUAGCAAAGGCGAGAAAGACAGGCAUGCCCAUAAAAAGCACAAAAAGGCGAAAAAGCGCCCUCACCGCCCAAGCGAGUCGUCGAACGACUCGGACGCGCCGGAAAACGACAAGGUUAAGCUGGCAAGGAGCUCUGGGUUGAGCGGCAAGUUCACCGAGAUCAUGCAGAAGGCCAGCCGAAACGGAGCCGACUUCCGUAUCGGCAAACACCUGCUGCCCACGGACCCCAGCAGCCUGGUGGAGGAGAUAACGAAGACCAUUCAAAACAAGGUGCUGCCGGUUUUGGAGGUGGCCAGUUCAGGCAGUGAAAGCGAUGUCGCCGCCGAUGUGGCCAGCCCUAUCAUUGCGUCUAUUAUUGAGGACGAGCUCAACUUGGAGGACCUGAUGCGACAGAAGGCUCUUCUACAGGCUCGGCUGGGCGCGUAUAUGUCGGACCCAGAGGCUGAGCCCCCAUCCCGCACACACUCGCUCCCACAUUUGCAGCCGCUGGCUGUGCAGGCAAAAGUGGCCAAAGUGACCACCUCGGCAACGCAGUCCGCAGCGCCGCUGGCUACUGCAACCAGUAAACAUGCUAAUAUUAAACAGUCUAGCACGCAUAACUCAAAUGACUCCGAUGUUAUAUUGUUGGAUGAUUCUAGCGGAGGCCAGCGCACGCCCGAGAAGCGAAGACGCCAGACAUCCCUGCUCCCAACAGCCCCGAGGAGCCGAGCCCGCGAUGACCCGGUCCCCGGACGAAGGGAACGGCGUUCGAGAGAACGUGAUCGCACGCCCCCACGUCGCCGGGCUGCAGAGCAGCAGAUGCAGACCCUGCCGCGCAGCCGCAACCGCAACAUGGAGGAUUUACGGCAGGAGAUAAACCGCGACAAACUGAGGGAGAGGCGCGACCAUAGCCGCGACCGGGAUCGGCGUGGAGCAGAAAGGCCGCCGCUCAUCGAUUUGCGAUCAGGUCGUGCCCGGGAGCGAGAUGUUCGGCAAAAUCGCAGUCAACGGUCGCACAGCCGCAGUAAGUUUGAGUCGGACCGGCGCCGUGAGCGGGAGCGGCAAAAGGACCGGGAUCGUGGUGGCCUUGACCGUGGUAUGGCACGUGGCGGCGCAGACAACGGCGAUCGAGAUCGGUACAAGGGUUCUCUUAGCGAAGGGCAAAAAAAGCACGACAAAGAGAGCAGUGACGAAGAGGUCAACCUGGACAUUGACAUUGACGAGGACGAUGAUGACGAAGAGCUUAUCAUUGAGCUGCGUCGGAAAAAGCGGGAGGAGCUGCUCAAGAAACUGGGCACAGGGCAGGAAUCACCGACGCCACAUAACUCAACCUCCUACGAGUCUCGAAGCACUUCGCCAGGUUCAUCCCAACGCGAAAGGCCUCCUAGGACGCCCACGCCCACUUUAGCUGAGUCUGAUUUGCCCAUCGCUGAUCUGCCGAAGGAGCACCAGCAGCUGGACAACUCGAGUAGCCAAAGGAACACCUCCGUCAAGGAAAAACGAAACGAGUGGGAUAUGUUUGCCGACCAGGAUGUGGAUUCAAAUUUCGAUUCGCCCAACACAAUCGUCCAAAGCAAGCACCAACACGAAAAUCCCGCUCUUACUGACAACUGGGACGACGCAGAAGGGUAUUACCGAGUUCGGAUCGGUGAAGUGUUGGACAAUCGCUACCUUGUGAAUGGCUACACUGGCCAGGGUGUCUUUAGCAAUGUUGUCCGUGGCCGAGACCAAGCUCGGGGACAGGCAAAUGUUGCCAUCAAGAUCAUACGAAACAAUGAAAUAAUGCACAAAACUGGAUUGCGGGAACUGGAAAUCCUUAAGAAACUGAACGAUGCGGAUCCGGAAGACCGAUUCCACUGCCUGCGUUUGUACCGCCACUUUUUCCACAAACAGCAUCUCUGCAUGGUGUUCGAGCCAUUGGCAAUGAAUUUGCGUGAAGUACUCAAGAAGUACGGCAAGAAUGUGGGCCUCCACAUUAAAGCAGUACGUAGCUACACGCAGCAACUAUUUUUGGCACUAAAAUUGCUAAAAAAGACUGGCAUUUUGCAUGCGGACAUUAAACCGGACAACAUUUUGGUCAACGAAAAUAAUCUGAUACUGAAGUUAUGCGAUUUUGGUUCAGCCUCGGCCAUUAGCGACAACGAAAUUACUCCGUACUUAGUGUCUCGUUUCUACCGCUCUCCAGAAAUUAUUUUGGGAAUACCUUACGAUUAUGGAAUCGACACCUGGUCCGCCGGCUGCACAAUUUAUGAGCUGUACACGGGUAAAAUUCUUUUUAGUGGGAAGAGCAACAACCAAAUGCUUAAGUUUUUUAUGGACGUAAAGGGCAAGAUACCAAACCGAAUUGUCAGAAAAGGUCAGUUUAAAGAGCAGCACUUUGAUCAGAGCUGCAACUUCCUAUACCACGAAAUAGAUAAGCUCACCGAAAGGGAAAAGAUUGUUGUAAUGCCGGUCGUUAAGCCUUCACGUAGCUUGCAGCAGGAACUUAUUGCUGACCAAAACCUGCCAGACGACCAGCAUCGCAAGGUCACUCAGCUCAAGGAUCUGCUGGAGAACAUGUUUGCCCUGGAUCCGGCUAAACGGAUCUCUCUCAACCAGGCACUGGUUCACCCAUUUAUCCAAGAGAAGAUGUAAACCGAACGACGGCAUCGAUUAAACGUAAUUUUAUUUUGCAUAGCUCGUAAGACUACCGAUACACCCAAUUCGCUAGUUAGUUACUAGUUCUCGUUCUUAAUCAGACAAACAUGCUCACCCAAAAAUCACAGGAUCUAUACAUCUUACACAGGCGAUGUAAAUAAGCUCUGUGGUUUUUAGCUGUACGGCGUGUUUAGAGAAACGAAUUAUAAAAAAUAUUAUUCAGUUAGCAAAUGUUCCGCAACUUGUUAUUCGUGUGUGUAUCAUGCGUGUAUAUAAGUAUUUUAAUGCUACUACUGUAUAAAAUGCAUGUGAACGAUUUGCCACACACAAUAUAUAUAUAAACAUAAG